ACUUAAUUAAGUACAAAAUAAACAAAAACAGCAUCCAAACAAAUAUCCAAGCCCAGCCCUGUCUGGACAAAAUCAUCUGCAUCUCCCCUUCAUAACAAUUUUCGUCAUAAUUCUUGCAAAUCACAUCCCUUUUAUGUAUUCUGCUGAAACUCUUCCACUUUCAAUUCAUCCAUAAACCCUAGCUAAUUUGGAUAUUAUUUAUUUUUUCUUGUCCAAUAAAUUCUUCUUCUUCGUCAAAGAGAUGAUCUUUUCCCGUAUAAGCCGCUCUUUAUCACGUUCCUCCCGUUCAAGAAAUGUGAUCAAUGGUGUUUGUAAUAGGAGGUUAAAGGAGUUUCUUGUAGCUCCUAGUGUAAAUACAAGUAAUAAUGAGGUUAUGAAUUUGGGGUUCUUGAGGGGUUAUUUAUCUACAAUAAAGGCGAAUCAAGAUCUAAAUUACGCGUUGAGAAACCCCAGAUUGCACAGAUUUUAUUCCAGUGAAGCACCCAAGAAAAAGAAUUAUGAGAACUUUCAUCCGAAACAAAGGAAGGAAGUCCCGGAGCAAAAUGAGCAGAAAUCUCAAUCUAAAGCCUUGGUGGACAGAGUUACUUGGUAUCUGUUGAUGGUGGGAGGUGAUGGGUAUCCCGUGGAAUUAGUCGAGGGACAAGCUGCAAGAAGCAUUUCUGUGGAUGUAUCUAGCAGUGAAUGGAUGUAUCUAGCACAUGCAACAUUUCUUGAAGGGUACUAUUUGCAUGUGUACAUGAUAGAUGAACCAUCAUGUCUGACAGAGGGGCGUGAUAUUUCAAUGAUGGCGCUUAGAUCUUUCAGUAAUAUGGCUGAGUUGAGGAAGCUAGUGGUAACAAUAAAAAGCAAGUUAACAGAUGUAAUAGGUGUGGAUGCUGGUGACACUGUGUGGCAGGAACAGAAGCCUCAGACAGAGAUAGAUGGAGGAUUGUCCCAGCUUGCAUUUGGUGGACAAUAUGGAAAGAGAGAGAAAUUCACGCAUUUACAGAUUAGUUUCCAAGAGUUCAAGAAUAAGCUGCUUGAACCAGGCCUAGUGGAUCAUAUCGUCAUUUCUAAUGGAUCAGUUGCAAAAGUGUAUGUCAGAAUCUCACCACGUAAUCCAAGUACAGGUGAUGCAUUUGAAGAACAAGAUGGUGAAAGGCCUAUUAGGGAUGAGCAUGCUGGGAAAAGCACAAGCAAGUAUAAGUACUAUUUUAAUAUUGGAAGUGUUGAUUCUUUUGAGGAGAAGUUGGAGGAAGCCCAAGAAGCGCUAGGAAUUGAUUCCCAUGAUUUUAUUCCUGUUAAAUAUGUUUCUGAAAUGGUAUGGUUUCAUGAACUUAUGAGAUUUGCACCAACAUUGUUGCUACUGGGAUCACUGAUGUUUAUGGGCCGGAGAAUGCAAGGUGGCCUUGGUGUUGGAGGCGGAGGUGGAUCAGGUGCCCGUGGAAUAUUCAAUAUAGGCAAAGCACCUGUUACAAAAGUGGAUAAGAACGCAAAGAACAAGGUUUAUUUCAAAGAUGUUGCUGGCUGUGAUGAAGCAAAACAGGAAAUUAUGGAGUUUGUGCACUUCCUCAAGAAUCCCAAAAAAUAUGAAGAUCUGGGAGCCAAAAUUCCAAAAGGUGCUCUCUUGGUAGGCCCUCCUGGAACGGGAAAAACACUCUUGGCAAAAGCUACUGCUGGUGAGUCUGGUGUGCCUUUUCUAUCGAUAUCUGGGUCCGAUUUUAUGGAGAUGUUUGUUGGUGUUGGCCCUUCAAGAGUUAGAAACUUGUUUCAAGAGGCAAGGCAGUCUGCCCCUAGCAUCAUAUUUAUUGAUGAGAUUGAUGCCAUUGGUCGGGCAAGGGGACGUGGGGGUUUCUCAGGAGGUAAUGAUGAGCGUGAAAGCACACUUAAUCAGUUGCUGGUAGAGAUGGAUGGUUUUGGAACAACUUCUGGAGUGGUUGUUCUGGCUGGUACAAAUAGACCAGAUAUUUUGGACAAAGCCUUACUAAGGCCUGGACGGUUCGACCGACAAAUUAGCAUAGAUAAUCCUGAUAUCAGAGGCCGUGAACAGAUAUUCCAGAUCUACUUGAAAAAAAUCAAGCUGGAUCAGGAACCAUCAUUUUACUCUCAAAGACUUGCAGCCCUUACUCCAGGAUUUGCUGGAGCAGAUAUUGCUAAUGUUUGCAAUGAAGCUGCAUUAAUUGCCGCGAGACAUGAGGAGACUCUAGUGAAGAUGCAACAUUUUGAUGCCGCUAUAGAUAGAAUCAUUGGUGGACUCGAGAAGAAAAAUAAGGUAAUUAGCCAACUUGAACGACGGACAGUAGCUUACCAUGAAUCAGGUCAUGCUGUUGCUGGGUGGUUCUUAGAACAUGCAGAACCAUUGUUGAAGGUGACAAUUGUUCCCCGUGGUACUGCAGCCCUUGGCUUUGCUCAGUACGUUCCUAAUGAGAAUCUUCUCAUGACAAAGGAGCAGCUCUUCGAUAUGACUUGUAUGACACUAGGUGGUCGGGCAGCAGAACAGGUUUUAUUGGGUAGGAUUUCAACAGGAGCUCAGAAUGACUUGGAGAAGGUUACAAAAAUGACAUACGCCCAGGUUGCAGUUUACGGUUUCAGUGAGAAAGUUGGCCUUCUUUCGUUUCCUCAGAGGGAUGAUGGAUUUGAAAUGUCCAAGCCCUACAGCAACAAGACGGCUGGAAUUAUUGACAGUGAAGUAAGGGAAUGGGUAGGCAAAGCAUAUGAAAAGACGGUCCAAGUAAUAGAGGAACACAGGGAACAAGUGGCUCAGAUUGCUGAGCUACUGCUUGAGAAGGAAGUACUUCACCAAGACGACUUAGUCCAAGUGCUUGGUGAAAGGCCUUUCAAAGCAAGUGAAAUGACUAAUUAUGAUAGGUUCAAGCAAGGGUUCCAAGAGGAAGCUGAGAGGAUUGUGGAAAAUAAAACCGCAGAUGACGAUGGUUCAUCUACCCUUGAACCAGAUGUUGUCCCUGCAUAACUUAAAAUGAGACCUGUACAAUGAACAUACUCAUAAGAGCCGACCCUCGGGUUCCAUGACAUCCCUGCAGACACUCUGGCAGACUGGUCAAUCAAUUAUUCUGCUCUCUGAUGCAGAACAUGCUGCUGCUACUAAAAUAAUUCAGGAGAGGUAUUGAAGCUAUCAAGAGCUGGAAAACGCGAUAUUUCAGGCCUCCAUUUUAACAAGGCCUUUUACACGAAAAAAAUGGCAAAUGUAUAUUGAUUGUUGAUGCACUUGAUUUCGUGUACAUCUACUAAAGGUAAGUUAUAUUGUAUUUGCCUUUUCUUUUCCUUCCAUUUUUAGUGAAUAAUUUUCGGGUUGUUUUGAGAAUCUAAAGGCAAAUCUUGACAUUACUAUGAUGA